ACAACAAAAGGAUGCGGAGCAAAAAAGGAUGAAGAUUCUUGAGAAAUCAAUAAUAUACUUGACUAUUACAAUGGUUAUGAUUCUUAUGAGUGUAAAACCCAAAUAAUUUGGAUGUUUGAAGAGCAUUUUUUUCAUCAUCAAUUCUGUGUUACUAUUAUCAUCAUCAUUGUAAUAAUACAAAAGGAUUUGGGAUGAUUCUGUUACUUAUAUAUAACAUAUAAGGUAUGAUGAUGAAUGAUGAUCAACAACCAAUGACCAUUGAUGAAAACGAUGAUGAGGAGAGUAAAUUAUAAUCAAGUUUUAAUUAUUCAAGGAAAACCAGAAUCGCCAUGAAGUUUACCCAGCCCAAAAAUCACCCUGUAAUCAUCCGUCUCAGAAUAUUGAAUAAUAAGUGAUGAUAAUUUUGUGAUCAUUGGAGUAUCAUCAUCAUAAUCAUUACAUAGAAACAAAAUCAACAACACUGAGUUUUGAAUAACAUUUUUGUGCUGAAAUUCAUCAUCAUCUUCAUCCUAUUGUUUCAAGUGAAACAAUACCUUUCAUUUAAAGUGUCACCUAAUUAAAUUGUCAACUAAUCAUCAUCAAAAUUAACGACAUCAACAACAAGAUAACAGUAUCAAAUUAAUCUGCCUUUUGAUUGUUAUGCUUUUGUUUGCUUCCUUAAUUUUGACUAAAUCAUCAUCAUAAUCAACACUUACUCAUCAUCAUCAUGAUAGUUAACGUCAAUUACAGAAACAAUCAAUACCUGAAAAUGUCCAUCUAUCAAUUGAAUAUAAUAUUUAUCAUCUUAUUCACAUUUUUCACACUCUUAUCAUCAACUUCUGGUCAACAAAUAUCAUCAUCAUCAAAUACUUGCAGUCAAUUACAAAGCCGAACAGAUCGCUUAAUUAAACGGAUUUUACUAUUAAAUGGUAAUCAACAAAUUCCUCGUAAUGAAGGUGAUCUACUUGGACAUUGUAAAACCGCUCGAAAAGGUUUUACUUUGGCUUCGAAGUAUCAACAAUGUCUUCCACCUUUUCCCCGUCAAAUUUUAGCUCUUUUCAUAUCGGGAGCAGGAAAGGCCGUUCGACACGUUUGUGAUGAUCCCGUUAAUCGGUUACGACUUUUAGACUCUCUUACCUGCCUCGAUAACGAUAAUAUCGGUCGAGUUUACUCUCUGGUGAGUCGAACCAUGACCAUCGUCGAGUAUAUUGGUCAAAAUGUCACUUCGGACAUUAUGAUUCUUCCCUAUGGUUGUUGUACUUAUCAUUUCAUCUACGACCGAGGAAUUCGUUUAUUGGACAGUUUGUGUCCAAACAAAUCGACGGCAGUGACUCAAUUGAUUAGCACUCUAUUGGAAUUGACUCUUUCCGAAAUAAUUGAAAUUGGUUGUUCCAAAUAUUCAAAUCUAUCAAUUUGUGCCAAAAAAAUACCUCGAGUGAUGGAAAACAUUAAAUCAGCUCGAUCACUGGUUCCAACAUCAUUAGCUGAUCGAUCAUUUAUCCAACCCGUUUUAACCAUUGCCAAUCGUUUAAUUGAUGAUCCAACAACAAUAACAGUCAAAGAUAAUGAUGAUAACAGCAAUCAAAACAAUAAAGAUGACAAAAAAUCAACAGCAAAAUAAUUACAGAUAAAAUUAACGAAGAUGUAACUUGAUGAUGAGGAAGAGAAAAGUUAAUCUUCUUGGACACUUAAACAUAAAACACCUUAAUCACUAUCAUCACCUUAAGAAAAAAAUAUCAGUAACAAUUUAACCAAUCAAAUAAACAGUAAAAUUAAUCAACACCAAGGAUUAACCGAAGAGCAGUUUCAAGUUCAAUGGUGAAACAAUUUAAAACUCAAUUACAUUAGAGAUGAUUAUUAAUGAUGUUUACCAAUAUUCAGCUUCAAUGAACAACUAACGGUAAAACUAUCAGGUGAUUUCCCGAAAGAAAAACAAAAUGGUGACAGAACCGUUUAAAUAGAUUAAAUCGUAAUUUUUUUAUUCCAAACUCCGGAAAUUAAUUCUAUCAUCAUCUUGGAACGGAACUGGAAAGGAACAAAAAAGAAUCGAAAAAAUUAUAUUCAUAUUAAUAUCUCCUUGGAGUUUAAUCUGUCAUCGAUAAUUUCUUAUUCCAUCAGCUCGAAUUUGAUUGUUAUCGAAUCCUUGAAAGAUUAACCAUAACAAUUAACAAAUAAAAUAAAGAAUUGGAUAGAAAUUAAUCAACAAUCAAAUUCACUUUUUCCAAAAAGGAUUCAAAAAAGUAAAGACUUUAAUCAUUUCGAUUGAUUUAUUUUCGUUUUUUUUGUUGUUGUUGUUUUGUCUUCUCUCUUGAUUGACUUAAUUUAAUUUCUUUGAUUAAAUCAGUGUUCCAAUUAAUCGUAUUAAUAAACUCUACACAGUUAACUAAUUGGAUAUUCUUAUUUUAUUAACCAUUCGCCUGAUAAGUCAAUCAUUUACUAUUUAAACGUUUAAUUUCAACAGGAAUCUAUCAACAUGUACAAGUGAAAAUGAAAUGAAUGUUAGUUAAUGUGAUGUUUUUAAUUUCUUGCUUCUUGAUUGUUCAAUUAAUUCUGUGUUUAUGUAGUAAGAUUUAUGUUGAUUGUGUACCAAUUUUAAAUUGUGAUUCCAUCUUCAAAUGGCUGCAAUAUAAAUCAAGACAGUGAUUGAUUAACUGAAUAAUAUUGUUAAGUUGUAAUGGGUUCCUGUUUUUUUCUCAUUCCAAUUGGUGUUCAUGAUGAAUCUUAAGACCUGAGCCUUGGACUUAUCUCUCUCUCUUUUUUUUUCUUCUAAUGAACAAGAUGAGAGAGAGAGAAUCAAGUUAAAUCUUAAAGGUAAAGUAUUGCAAGAAUUUUAAUUAAAAGAAAUGAGCU